AUGCCAGCGCUCCACUGCUUGCUUGUAGCCGCCGUCGGCCUCGACGAGGCCAGCCAGCGAAGCACUGCCGGCUCGACGAGACACAUGGCGACGCGUUGCAGCGGCACGUUCAUUGACGCUGGUGCCAACAGUGGCGACUCUUUGCAUAUGUGGUACACAGCCGAGUCGUGCGCUACCGCGCCGCAUGCGCUGCGCCGCAAACCGUGCGCCUGGCAGUGGCCAUGGUGGCUGCCUCUGACUGUGCGGCUGUCGUACUGUGCUCUCGCGUAUGAACCCAACCCGCAGCUUGCAGGGCAGCUCCUGCACACUGCUGCUGUGUUGCGGCGCAAGCUGGGCGUGCACAUUGAGGUUUUCAACGGCACUGCCUUCGCCGAGCUUGACGGCACCGCGAUAUUCGGCCUCGACAACACGACCGGGAACGCUGAGGGGUCGUCCCUCAUGCUCCACAAGCGCACCAAGACUCGCGAGGGGUUGGGGCGCGGGCCAGCGGUGGGCGAACACAGAGUGCGCGUGCGGACGGUGAACGCACUCAGCGUGAUCCGUCACGCGCCGCCUGGGCCGGUCGCGCUCAAAAUUGACGUUGAGGGGUAUGAGGGACGGCUCAUGCGCAACCUCCUCCUCUCGGGCGUGCUGUGUCAGCGCGUGCAGAAUUUGUUCGUGGAGUGGCAUCUGAUGGCAAGCCAGGUUGACAAGCGCGAUCUGCACCACCCGGAUGAAGACAUCGAGAUGCCCCCCCAAACGAUGGCAGUGUACAAGUGGAUGCUGAGCACCUUCAAUCCAAAGGCGAAAGCACUAGGGCGCAACUGGCAACCGCUUGCCGACAGCUCGUGUAAUUUGACACUGUUGAAUUGGAGCCUCAACGCUUUCUUUCCAUAA